AUGGCAAAGAGUGUUCGAGCCAGUGUUUCCAAGCGCAACAGGGCCAAACUCCGGGCUACAGUCUUUGGCCCUGCUGUUGAUGCGCGGACAGAGAGGCUCUCUGCAAAGUUGAAAGAGCUGGCUUCUCAGCCGAUAAUCAGAGAACACAAAACUUCAAGUAUGGAAUUGGAUCCUACAGGAACUGGUUCGUUGCUCCCACAAUCAGAGACCAAAUCUCCGCGAAGAAAUCACAUUGCUGAUAUCGGUUUCCGUCUAGACAUGGACGUCGACACAAUGUCUGUUAAGCACACUCAAAGUCGCUCUAAGAAGCCAGGGCGUGUUCAAAAACGCAAGAAGGCCCGUUCGUCCAUUGUCUUCCAAUCGCAUCCUUCGAAAACAAAAAAGGGAUCUCAAAGGAAGUGA